CAUUCCUUGGUGCUAACUUACUUUCCACCUCAUUUCACUAACAAAAAUGGAGAAUCUACCUCCUGGUUAUCGUCCCAAUGUUGGUGUUUGUCUAAUCAACUCGGAUAAUCUGGUAUUUGUAGCUUCUAGAUUGAAUGUUCCUGGAGCAUGGCAGAUGCCACAGGGAGGCAUUGAAGAUGGGGAGGAUCCAAAGUCAGCAGCCAUGAGAGAGUUACAAGAAGAAACUGGUGUCAGUUCAGCUGAAAUCGUCUCUGAGGUCCCAAAUUGGUUGACAUAUGAUUUCCCACCUGCAGUAAAAGCAAAGGUUAACCGUCUUUGGGGCGGUGAAUGGCAUGGUCAAGCUCAGAAAUGGUUUUUAGUGAGACUGAGAAACGAUGAGGACGAAAAAGAGAUCAAUCUAGCGAACAACGAAGCGGAUUCAGAGUUUGCAGAGUGGAAAUGGGCGAAGCCGGAAGAAGUGAUAGAGCAAGCAGUGGAUUACAAAAGGCCAACCUAUGAAGAAGUCAUCAAGACUUUUGGUUCCAUCUUGAACGAUACAGGAAGAGCUGCUAAAUGUAAAUCAGCCAAGUGGUAAUAUAAGAAACCAAGAAUCAAUGUUUGUCUUUUUA